AUGUUGCGGAAUAUGGGUAGCUUGGGAGCGUUGCUUGAAUUUUGGUCCGUUACUCGAGCGGAUCUUAAUGUUCAAUCAAAAAUGCAGGUUGACUUCUGGAGAAACGUGAAAAUCGAAGGUGAAAUAACGGUGUCCCUUGGCGUAUGCUCACUGUUCACGUCGGUUAAUUUGAGUACAGCGACGUUGGCGGUUGCUACAGUCCUGAACAACCAGAUGGCCAUGAAUGGACCACUUGGGAGAGAACGGACAUGCGAACUACCAGACCUAGGCUUGACAACCUACUUUGAGUUCGAUGGAGAAUAUUACGAACAACUGAAAAUAGUACCAAUGGGAUCACCAGUCAGUGAUUUUAUCAUGGAAGUUGUAACGCGGCAGAUGGAGCGGACAGUGCUACCAAAUAUUAGACCAAAU